AUGCCGUUCCGCGACUUUUUCAUUAGCCGUCCUGGCGUCCUUAGUGGCAGGAUAUCCAAACCAUACGUCCCAACUCAGGGACGCCAGCUCAGCACUCCGCGUGUGGAAAAGCCGAACUUUCCAACCGAGCCCCAAGUCACCACCGAAGAACCUCGCCAAAAAAUACGGGUAAAGAUUGAACCCGUAGAUGACUGCAACGGAGACUACGAACCCAGGACAGGAGUCGUGGGCUUGUCUUUCCACGAUGACAGCGACGAUGACAACAAAGAGUUCAUUUUGCCAUCCAUUGAGCGAUCUCCAAGUCCAGCAUUUCCAUACCCUUUCACAAAAAAAGAAGAGCCCUCUUCGUUUUUCAGUUUGAUCAACGGGCUAAGGGGAGGAAGUGGUAGAGGUACACCGGCAAAGAAGAAGGAGACGCCGCGCAAGGUGACGCCGCCUCGCAAGGCCACUCGUCCAAGCACAGGUCCUGUGGUGUCACUAGACAGUGCCGUUACUUUCCCUGCGGCGUAUAACAACAGUCUCGAGUGGAGCAUCCCGAAGGAUGUAGAAGACGCCUAUAAGGAGCUGAAAGACGCCAACAAAGAUUCCUCAAAAUGGACUGCUUCUGAGGCCGAGCUGCACAAACUCUUGGCGCUAAGAGGCUAUCACCCGCUUUUACCGGGUCAGUGGAAACGAGACUUUUAUGGAUACAAUCUGGAUGAAGUCCUUUUCGCACCAUCUGAUUGCCAAUUACCAACUGCUCUCCGCAAUGUUUCCACUGCGAACGCUUCCCAGUUUAGAGCUACGAAAGCACUGACGGGAAUUUUCGCACUGUCGUCCCGCGUUGCAGACGAGCUCAAGCUUAGCACAAAGGGUGGUGACAAAGCAGCCAAACUCAUCGAGGCUGAAAUUCGCCAGUACCUGACCUGGGCCGAGAAAGACGCAGGGCUUGAGAGCAUUGAGUAUCCAACCAAUGUUGGCGUUUAUCGAGUUUAUGAAACCGAGCGCAGCUUGGAUGUACUUGUCGAUGAAAUGGAUGGUCUAAUGCACGAAUGGACAGCUGGCUACAUCGAAUGGUAUAGCCGGAGAAGCAUCAAAAACGUCCCUCAAACCCUCUUCGGCCUGUUCAUCCUGCAACAUCUUGUUCUCGUCUUGACAAACGACGUGAGGAAGCCGGCUAAUCCAGCACGUUGCAUGGCACAGCUUGACCUUUCACGAUCAGACAACCGAUGGCUCGACCAUGCUCUGAAUCUGGCAAUUCCUAUCAAUAUGGCCCGGGACAUUAAGCUAUUCGAGGUCGUGGGAAACUCCAUGUUUAACCCGAUCCCUGCUGUGACUGGCCCUGAUCCAGAUGCUUAAUCAACUUAAGCUAAGAGGCAAUGCUACGCAAGUUUGGAUCCCUCGCGUGGCUUCUGCGGUUUCUCUUCUACAUGCGUUUUUUUCUAGCAUUUUGUUUCAUAUUUGUCUUUAAUACUCUUUUUUCCUUCUUUUUUUCUUUUUCGAUUUGACAUCGACCUCGUUGUAUGUUCUAUCAGAUUUCCAUGUUAUUUGAUUUUUUUCUUUCCCCCUCCCUUUUGAUACCCGAAUCAUAAUUUAGUUUCCCAUAGAAUGGUCUUGUCGGCCGAACCGCAUUGCAGGGCCAGUAUUACAAAAUGUUUACACACUGAUUACCUUGUUAGUCGCGCGUACCAUUAUACCCAAAUAGAUUUCUCAGUUGAGAUUAGUUUUCCUUUGACAGCUAGUGACCCCUCGUAUGCUUUCCCUCCAAUCCAGCCAGCCUUUGACACUGAAAC